AUGGAUUGUAAAAUUUUGGCUUGGAAUGUUCGUGGUGCCUCAAGCAAGAGAAAUCACUCUCACAUCAGGGAUAAUUUACGGAAGUAUAGUCCUGAUCUUGUUUUCCUCUUUGAAGUGCACGUCCAAUUUGCACGGGUUCGUCGUUUUUGGGAUAGCUUGGGCUAUCAGGUGGUUGAAAUUCAGGAGGCUAGAGGGCAUGCAGGGGGUAUAUGGGUUCUUCAAUUGUCAUCUUCAGUUUUCACUUUUAAGAAUGUUAACUCUACGAACCAAGUUGUUUCUAUUGAAGUGUUUAAAGGGUCUCACAUUUGGAUAUGUUCAGGGGUGUAUGCGAGUCCGACUCCUACGGAGAGGGUGCGUCUUUGGGAUUACCUUUGCUCACUCCGCGCUUCUUUUCACCUUCCUUGGGUUCUAGUUGGUGACUUUAAUGAAACUCUUCUUCCCUCUGAUCAACGUGGAGGCCUGUUUUCUCAUAGUCGAGCUGCGUUGUUUGGCCGCAUGAUUGAUGAGUGUGAUCUCUUAACACUUGAUCAAGUGGGAGGUCGGUUUACGUGA